AUGGACCUCGCCACGGACGCCGACCUAAUACGCAGCUACGAGGGGCGGGUCGAAGUCGCCAGGGCGCCACCGGGCGAGCCCAAGCUCGGAAAGAUGACAGCGGGAAUCAACCACAGCAGGUUCAACCUCCCGCUGCACAUGGAGUUUCGGGACAUCGUGAGGCCCGUGAGCUGCUUUGCUCACGACUGGAUGCACGCGCUCGGUGUACACGGCGCAUGGAACACCACGCUUGUUCUGUUGCUACCCGACUUGGUGGCUGCGAAGGUGAAGGACGCACCGAAGAAUAUCUGCGACCUUCUCGGUCAGUGGCGGCUCCCACGAAGGCUGGGCGUGAAGACUAAUGCCCUCGCCGAUGUAUUCACUCCGACCAGGUGGAAAUCGUGCACCAAAUCAAGGUACGCGAAGCGUACUGCAUCUAAGGCGGCAUCCAUGCACGGCAUGAUCGCGCACUUCGUGCGACAGGUGUGGCUCAAGAGGGGGCUCUGCACCAAGGCAUGCGAGGCGCACCUCCACUGCUCGUCCACCUUGGACCCCCUGCAGCCCGUACCGCAUGGCACUGUCAACGCGGACGAACACCGAGACCUCGUGGACAAGUUCCUGCGGGUUUGCCUGGACGCUGGCUGGAGGGACUACCUGCACCCCAAGUUCCACUGGUCCCUGUACCUGGUGAUGGAACACAAGAAGUUCGAUACGUCACCGGCGUGCUGGACGCACGAGGGGAAGCACAAGGAUAAUCAACGCGUCCUCUCGGGGGGCGAAAGUUAUGCCAUCGACCACGCUGUUGUCGUGCACCCUCUGUGGGGCGUGCGCAACACAGAGUCCACGGAGACCAGCGCCCUGCCCGAGGGCACGCGCAGGCACACUCGCGGCCCGGCGGGUCAAGAGCUGCAGGAGCCGAAGCCCGCCAGGGACAGCACGGCAACGUGCCUCUGCGAUGAACUGCAGCUCCCAGUGGCGCGGAAGGCGUCGCGCUUGACUGUGAAGUCGGCCAAUCUGUCCAAGUUCAAGGUGGUUCAAACCAGUGGCGUUGCCAUAAUGACGCCCGAGGGAGGGCUGCCAAUGCUGGGGCAAGUUUGGCUUCUGACCGAGGCGGUGCAGGAGCCGCGCUCUAUGGUCACCUUUUUCACAUCACUGAGGCCGACGACGAUGGCAUCGCACUGGCGCGCAAUCUAG